UCUGGUGUAAGGUGCAGGAGAGUCCGUUUCCAGCUGCUGUCCAGUGUAGAAGCUAUUGUGAGACACUGUAAUUCUCCUCUUGUUGUCAUGGGCUUCACAGCGGUGCUAUUGUCCUUCCUCCUGGUGUCUCUGAGCUGGUCCAGUGGAGCCAUCAUCACAGGGGCCUGUGAGAGAGAUGUGCAGUGUGGCUUUGGUCUUUGCUGUGCCGUCAGUCUGUGGCUGAGAGGUCUGAGGAUGUGUGUCCCAAGAGGUGUGGAGGGGGACGAAUGCCACCCUUUCAGCCAUAAGGUGCCAUAUCCAGGAAAAAGGCAACACUACACCUGCCCCUGUCUCCCCCAUUUGGUGUGCACCGGAUACGCUGAUAGCAAGUAUAGAUGCACUGAGAACUUCAAACACAUUGACUAUUAAUGGACGUCCAAACAUUGGGAUGAAGAAGGUCACAGCAGAAAUCAGAGACUUGAACAGGAUGUGGUUUAAAGAACACAUGUGUCAUCUUCACUGUCUUUAUUCUUCAUGUGUGUAGUCUAUGUACUAUAAUAUUCUGUAGUUUGUAUUCCAUUGAUGCACACAGUGAUGUCAUGAAAGUGUAACCAACCGACAGGAGCCACAGCAAAUGCCAUUUUUCAAAGGCUCCUUGGAAAGCUGUUUGUGAACUUAAAAGCAUUUGUUGUCAUGCUCAGUUUGUGUUAAUUUAUCAAAAAUAAAUGUACAGAUAUAAUUGUCAA